AUGGUAUGUGGUAUCCCGCAUACUGAUAAGCUUUUCAUAGAAGGAGAUUUCAACGACCACAUUGGAGCGACGACUGGGGGUAUGAUGAGCAAACUCGAGUUUCCCAAAGAAGGUGGAACACUUUGUCACCUUCCGGAGUUAGGUAGCAUGACUCAGAUUGGUUAUUUCUCUGCAGGAAAUCCUAUAGAGGUCUUUGCACGGAUUGCAAAGUCAUCCAGAGGAGAGGUGCAAGGAAAAGUAGAGACCAAGAAAGCGACGUAUCUGAAUCUAGUAGAAAGUGUAGGCGGGGAGGAGAGAAGGGUGAAUAAGGAGAAAUAUAAGUUAGCUAAGAAGGAGGCGAAAUUAGCAGUUACGGCGGCCAAGACUGCAGCUUUUGGUAGUUUGUAUGAAGAACUCGAGGGCCGAGGUGGGGAUAAGAGGUUGUUCAGGUUAGACAAGGUGAGAGAAAAGAAGGCUCGUGACUUGGAUCAAGUGAAAUGCAUCAAGGACGAAGAAGGUAGAGUUUUGUUGGAUGAGGGGCUUAUCUGUUGGACAUGGCACACCUACUUCCAUAGUCUCUUGAACAAGGAGGGGGGCAGGAACAUUGUACUGGGUGAUUUAGAACUCUCCAGGAGUCGUUGCGACUUUAGGUAUUGUAGACGGAUUAGAGUUGAGGAGGUUGAGGGGUCUAUGUAUAAGAUGAGUAGGGGCAAAGCGACCGGGCCGGAUGAAAUCCCGGUGGAGUUUUGA